AUGGCUUCUCAACUCGUUCUUUUCCCGGAGCUGGUCGCCGGUUUUUCACCGGAGUUGGCGGUUAACAUGCGUAGUCUCCGCUUUCUGUCUCGAGCUCCGUAUUCUUCAACUUAUGGCUUUCGACUCCCGAGCAGACGAGGAAGGACUCUCAUGUGUUCUGAUUUGAGCUCGCAGAAGUGGAAUGUUCCUGUUCUAUCUAGCAAUGAGGUUGUUGAGAGGCUGAAACUAGCGGGAGAAGGAAAACAGUUCUUGGCCAUGUACUCAAGCGUUGUUGGUGGCAUCACAACUGAUCCAGCAGCAAUGGUUCUUCCGUUGGAUGAUCACAUGGUUCACCGUGGUCAUGGAGUCUUUGAUACCGCCAUGAUCAUUAACGGAUACCUGUAUGAAUUGGAUCAGCACCUUGACCGUAUCCUACGAUCUGCUUCCAUGUCUAAGAUUCCACUUCCCUUCGACCGGGAAACUAUCAGAACUAUUCUAAUCCAAACCGUGAGUGUUUCCGGGUGUAGAGAUGGCUCUCUAAGAUACUGGCUUUCUGCUGGCCCAGGAGAUUUCUCACUAUCUCCAUCUCAGUGUCCCAAACCAGCUCUUUACGCCAUUGUCUACCCAAAGGACUUCACCGUUGAACGAAAAGGUGUCAAAGUAGUGACUUCUUCCAUCCCCAUUAAGCCUCCAGAGUUUGCUACAGUGAAGAGCGUUAACUAUCUCCCAAACGCCCUCUCACAAAUGGAGGCUGAGGCCAAAGGAGCAUUUGCGGGUAUUUGGGUGGAUAACGACGGGUUUAUAGCAGAAGGUCCAAACAUGAAUGUGGCGUUUGUGGUUAAUGGUGGUAAGGAGCUUGUGAUGCCACGGUUUGAUAAAGUUUUGAGUGGAUGUACGGCGAAGAGAAUGAUUAAACUCGCUGAACAGCUUGUAAGUAAAGGGAUGCUCAAAAGUGUGAGAGUUGUUGAUAUGACAGUUGAAGAUGGAAAGAAAGCUGAUGAGAUGAUGCUUCUUGGGAGCGGAGUUCUCGUCAAACCUGUGAUUCAAUGGGAUGAAGAACUCAUUGCUGAUGGAAAAGAAGGUCCUAUAACCAAUGCGCUACUGGAUCUGUUACUGGAAGACAUGAGCUCUGGUCCACCUUCUGUCCGUGUGCUUGUUCCUUAA